AAAAAAAACAAACAGAUAAAACUUGGAAAAUUUCGUGGAGAAAAUCGAAGUUUUUCAAAAGAAAAUUGCAAAAUGAGUAUAUUAAUUUUCUCUAUAAAGUUUGUAUUUGUAAUAAUCUCGAAAGAAACUCUCGUCUGAAUCAAAAUAACUCAGUAUUCAUCUCCUGAAAACAUUCUCAGAUUCAUGUUGAGAUAUUGAUUGACACGAAUUACGUAUACUCAGUUUUCAUCGUUCUGAAAAUCUUCUCUGAUCGUUUUAUAUCGUUUUGCAAGACUCGAGAUGACUUAUCAAUUAUAUCGAAACACAACUCUAGGCAAUACUUUGCAAGAAAGCUUGGAUGAAUUAAUAGAGUGCGGUCAAAUAACUCCACAAUUGGCCAUAAAAGUUCUCCUGCAGUUCGAUAAGACCAUCAAUAAUGCACUGGCAACCAAAGUUAAAACAAGAAUCUCGUUCAAAGCUGGAAAAUUGAGCACGUAUAGGUUUUGUGAUAACGUUUGGACCUUCAUGUUGAACGAUGUGGAAUUCAGAGAGGUUCAAGAGCUAGCCAAAGUUGAAAAAGUCAAAAUUGUCGCGUGUGAUGGCAAAAAUAUGAAUGCCUCGAAAUCAAAUGCUAACGACGAUAUCUAACUGCAGUUUUAUUACAUAGUAUUUUUUUCUAUUUUUCAUAGGUGUGGGAAACUCGAUUUUGAGUGCUUUUUUGUGUAUUUUGAAUUGUGCGAUGUAUCUAAUUUCGAAAUGCUUGUAUUAUUUAAUAUUGAAUUUGUAAAAUAACGUGUUUUUUAAAAUAUAUAUUAUAUAGUUUUCAUCGUAAAA